GCUUCUGGAAGGCCACCUCUGCAUCAUGCUCCAGCCCUCUUCUUGUCCUUGUCAACUCAAAAAGCGGCGAUAACCAGGGGGUCAAGUUUCUGCGCAAGUUCAAGCAGCUCCUCAACCCGGCUCAGGUCUUUGACUUGAUGAACGGAGGACCAGAGCUCGGCCUUCGCCUCUUCCAGAAGUUUGUGACGUUUCGUAUUCUGGUAUGCGGGGGAGAUGGCAGCGUGGGCUGGGUACUCUCAGAGCUCGAUAAGCUCAAACUCCAUAAACAGUGUCAGCUCGGCGUGCUGCCUCUCGGCACCGGGAACGACCUGGCUCGGGUUCUGGGCUGGGGAGGCCUGUGUGAUGACGACGCUCAGCUGCUGCAGAUCCUGGAAAAGCUGGAGCGAGCCACCACCAAGAUGUUGGACAG